GGAGUCAAUGUGGAGCACUAGACCAAGAGGUAAUUCUACAAACUUUUUCUUCAAGGGCUCCAGAGUUACUGGGAGGUAUUUUCUUACUCCCCUCAAUUCGGCUCCUAUAGUUGACCACCAUUCCUUCCCUAGGAAGAUAAUUCACCAAGCAACAGGUGAUGCGCAUGAAGCCAGAACAUUACAUCUAUAACUGAACACGUAGUAAUGUGGAACGAACUGGAAGAAAUCUCUUCCAGGUCAAGGGUCACCGCUCUGUUCUAUUACCGGAAAUACAUCGGAAUUACCAGAGGUUCCAGUUCAGUCUACAGAUGUAAACCUAAAAUGGACAGCUCCCAAGGUAUGAAGGUUUUGCCGGCUGAAGAGGAAAGAAAUGAGGAAGAUAUAGGACAGGACGAGCUGGCAUUGGGAGCCACAGCAGCACAAGGGAGAGGAGAAAACGAAUUAAAUGAAGAGGGUCCCGCCGCUGCUGGCGCCGCAGGCCUUGUAGAUGAAGACAUGAACAAGGAAGAUGGUGGCGCCAACGGAGGCCAGAAUAAUGAACAGCAACUGAAGGAGCCGGUUCCUGAGGGCGCUGAGGGCGAGAGUGUACAGCCUGUGCCAAGGCAGGUGCCACGACGUCGAUUGCGCCAUAGAUUCACCCAGUGGCAGCUGGAAGAACUGGAGAGCAUUUUCCAGAGCAAUUGUUUACUCAGCGUAGAAGCAAGAAAACAACUGGCCAGAUGGAUGGGUGUGACUGAAGCCAUAGUGAAGAGAUGGUUUUGGAAGAGGAGAGAACAAUACAGUCGCUAUAAGAGGCUGUGAGGUCUCAGAAGUUCUCCUCCUUUCCAGAACAUCUUUCCCUGAAGUCUGUGGAGGAGCCCUGGAGUGUCACUCUAGCCCAGGCACCAGAUAGAGAUGAAAAUUUUUUUCUGCUACUAACAAUAUGUUAUUGUACUUUUGUCUCCGAAGCACUUGUGUUUCAAUAACAAUAUGAAUUUUCAA